GUCCGUUGAAAGUUGAACGUCGUGCUUAUGGGUUUCGAAUUUUCACUCAAUGAUAUGAUAUUUAUGUUUUGUGGUUGGACCGAUAAUGGAUACUAGUGGUAUGAUCAAUUCGGUUUAUUUAACCGAUGAAUAUCUUGCCGAAUUCCGGAAGACUAUGUCCGGUGAAGGCCAAUUUUCGAAGCCUUUUCCACACUUUUAUCUUCCUGACUUUCUGAGCAGUAAGGAGUUUGUAACCGAUCUACGGUCAGAAUUGAAAACCGUGCAAUAUGAUCGUAAAGAAAAUGAUCUUUAUUCAUUGGACCAAACAGUUGAUUUAUCAAACUUCGAUGCUAGCAAAUUCCCAACGUUGACAAAAUUCAGGAAUUUAUUUAAGACCGAUGUUCUACAUUGGCUGCGUAAUGCGUCCGGUGUUAAUCUAAACCCUGAAGUGGCAAUAACUAGUAGUAAUUAUAAUUAUACCGAUUUACUCCUACCACAUGAUGAUCAAUGUGAGGGACGGAAAUUUGCUUUUACACUUUACUUGACACCAGAUUGGAAGGAAACUGAUGGCGGACAAUUGUUAUUGUAUGACUGUGACGAUAAUAAUGAUCCUAUAUCGAUUGCCAAAAUUACGAAUCCAAUGGAAAAUAUGCUAGUGAUGUUCGAAGUAUCACCACGAUCAUGGCAUAUGGUCACUGAGGUACUUUCGCAGAGAGGACGCCUCUCAUUACACGGUUGGUUUCAUCAUACUGGAUAUAAUGUUUCUGAUAAAGUAAAGUUGUCAACUCCUGAAGGAAAACUAAAACCACAUAUGAAUAUUACUUAUGAGGAAGUGCUAGAGUGGAUUAAUCCUGAAUAUAUCGAUCCCUUGCAACAAUCGAAAAUUCAGUCGAUUUUCGAAGAGAAUUCUGAAAUCAGUUUGUUUCAUUUCAUCCGCGAGAAUAAAUUUGAAUCAGCUCUGCACGAAUUAGAUAGCGCAUGUUUCGAAGAUGUUGGACCCCUUAAUAAAAGGAAAAUGGAACGCUUACGAGAAUAUGCUUUGCCAUUAGAUAGCAGUUUACUCUCUCUUUUACGUUUAGUGCGAUCCCAGGCAAUGGCAUUACUCCUCUCACAGUGGACUGGUCUACCUUUACAUUCUGUUGAUGAUUGCGACAGUGAACCAGAUAUCAAGAAGAAAAAGGUUGAUGGAAACGAACGCGAGAGUGUUACAUUUCAUGAUGGUAUCGAGUGUUGUUCCUCAGUAUAUCGAAUUGGAAAAGGUUCUUAUACAAUGGUCGAUGAUGAGAUUGUUGGUGAAACAGAGCAGCUCGGUUGUUGUUUAGAUUUUAAUCUAUUUUUAUUUGCGAAUGAAUGGGAUGAUGACCAUGGAGGAUUCAUAAGCUAUUUCACCAAGAAUGAAGAAGAAGAGGUUCUACGGGUAUCUCCAGUACGGAAUAGCGUUGCUUUGGUAUUUCGUGAACCUGGGGUAUAUCCAUUCAUAAAAUAUGUGAAUUGUAAAGCAGGAGACAGACAUUAUUAUGUGAUUAGCUCUUCUUUUUACGGUUUUAAAUUGGAUGGUUGUUCUACUGGGAAUAGCGAAGAGAGUCUGGAAAGUGAUCAUGAAGCGGAAGAAGGUGAUGGAGCUGGACCCAGUUGUGUUUGAUUUGAAUCUGCUUGAAAAUUUUGAUUUGAAUUUUAAUUUGUACGGGUGAAAUAAAGUCUUUCUUGUUUGACCUAAUCAGCGGGAUAAUUAAAAUAAAUAUUUGAUGUGGAUAAAUUCGUUUCUCA